GAGCCGCGGCCACCGCGGAGGAGGAGGAGGCAGCAGCAGGAGGCCGGAACGGCCGCCGGGCCCGGGCACAUGGCGUCCAUCUUACUGAGGAGCUGCCGCGGCCGGGGGCCCGCUCGCCUCCCGCCGCCCCGUGCCGCAGCCGGGAGAGGUGGUCUGGGAGAUGGUGCUUGUCUUGGCUGUGCCAGCACCGUGGGGUUGAUAAGCCACUUGAAUGUUCCAUUUCACUGCUGCACUCCCGUCCACCCCAUCCACCUUGCCUUUAGAGCCAAUCCUCGUGGCUGUUGGACUGUGAGGCCUGAGCGCGUGUGCGUGGCAGCCGGAGUGCCCUGGACCCCCACCUCGGCCAACUUGCUCAUCCCAGGGCUUCAGUUCCUUCCUUUGCGCUGCUGGCACUCAUCACCCCCACUGAGGGAUGACUCCGUGGUGGAGAAGUCGCUCAAGUCCUUAAAGGACAAGAACAAGAAGCUGGAGGAGGGAGGCCCUGUGUACAGCCCCCCUGUGGAGGUGGCUGUGAAGAAGUCCUUGGGGCAGCGGGUCUUGGACGAGCUGAAGCACUAUUAUCACGGCUUCCGCCUGCUCUGGAUUGACACCAAGAUCGCCGCGCGCAUGCUCUGGCGCAUCCUCCACGGCCACACCCUGACCCGCAGGGAGCGCAGGCAGUUUCUCCGGAUAUGCGCUGACCUCUUCCGCCUCGUCCCCUUCCUGGUCUUUGUGGUGGUGCCUUUCAUGGAGUUUCUGCUUCCUGUCGCUGUGAAGCUCUUCCCCAAUAUGUUGCCAUCCACGUUCGAGACCCAGUCCAUCAAGGAGGAGAGGCUGAAGAAGGAGCUGCGGGUCAAGCUGGAGCUGGCCAAGUUUCUCCAGGACACCAUUGAAGAGAUGGCCCUGAAGAACAAAGCAGCCAAGGGGAAUGCCACCAAAGACUUCUCUGUGUUUUUCCAGAAGAUCCGAGAGACAGGUGAGAGACCCAGUAAUGAGGAGAUCCUGCGUUUUUCCAAGUUGUUUGAAGAUGAGCUGACCCUGGAUAACCUCACACGGCCUCAGCUGGUGGCCCUCUGCAAGCUGCUGGAGCUCCAGUCCAUUGGCACCAACAACUUCCUCCGCUUCCAGCUCACCAUGAGGCUGCGGUCUAUCAAGGCUGACGACAAGUUGAUUGCUGAGGAAGGGGUGGACAGCCUGAAUGUCAAGGAAUUGCAGUCAGCAUGUCGGGCACGAGGCAUGCGGGCCCUUGGCGUCACGGAGGAUCGUCUGAGGGACCAACUGAAGCAGUGGCUGGAGUUGCACCUGCAUCAGGAGAUCCCAACGUCGCUGCUCAUCCUGUCCCGAGCCAUGUACCUCCCAGACACCCUCUCACCUGCCGACCAGCUCAAGUCCACGCUGCAGACACUCCCAGAGAUCGUGGCAAAGGAAGCACAGGUGAAAGUGGCUGAAGUGGAAGGGGAGCAGGUGGACAACAAGGCAAAGCUGGAGGCCACGCUGCAGGAGGAGGCGGCCAUUCAGCAGGAACACCGGGAGAAGGAGCUGCAGAGGCUCUCUGAGGCGGCAGUGAAGGAGGUGGAGCCAGACGUGGUGGCAGAAGCUGCCCCCGGGAGGUCUGUGGCCAAGCUGCAGCCAGAAGUGCCUGAGGUGACCCUGCCGUCAGAGGCCCUGCAGGACACUGCCCCCGUCCUGGAAGGCUUGAAGGAAGAGGAAAUAACAAAAGAGGAGAUUGACAUACUGAGCAACGCCUGCUCGAAGCUGAAGGAGCAGAAGUCGUCCCUGACGAAGGAGAAGGAGGAGCUGGAGCUACUCAAGGAGGACGUGCAGGACUACAGCGAGGACUUGCAAGAGAUCAAGAAGGAACUUUCAAAGACUGGCGAAGAGAUCUAUGUGGAGGAGUCUAAAGCCAGCAAGAGGCUGACGAAGAGGGUGCAGCAGAUGAUCGGGCAGAUAGAUAGCCUGCUCUCACAGCUGGAGAUGGACCAGAAGGCCGGCAAGUUGGGCCCUGCCGCCGAGAGCCCACCUGUGGGAGACAAUGUCAUCAGCAUCAAUGAGCUCAUCAGUGCCAUGAAGCAAAUCAAGCACAUUCCAGAAAACAAGCUCAUGAGUUUGGCCUCAGCUCUGGAUGAAAACAAGGACGGCAAGAUCAACAUUGAUGACCUCGUCAAGGUGAUUGAGCUGGUGGACAAGGAAGAUGUCCACAUCUCCACCAGCCAGGUGGCUGAGAUCGUGGCCCUGCUGGAAAAGGAAGAGAAGGUGGAGGAGAAGGAGAAGGCGAAGGAGAAGGCGGAGAAGGAGGCUGCCGAAGUAAAGAAUUAGGGACCCCUACAGCGCCGGCUGCCGGCCCUGCUGUGAUAGUGAUGGCUGUGACGUGAUUCUUAGUGACAGAUCUAAUAUUUUGUCUGGAAUAAAUCAGAAACUUCCAUAAUCAAGUAAUUUUUAAUUUUCAUCAUUCCAUGAAGAUUGAUUCAGUCUGGAAUCCCUGAACCCUUCCCGGGAAUCAUGUUUGGAUUCACACAGUGGCCCCAGCCUUGGUGGUCAUGUGGGCAGCCCACCAUCGGCCGCACACAGGCCUCCUGGCUCCAGAGUGAGCCUGGCUAGACCCCCUGCAUGGGCUUCACUCUGCUGGUGCCUGUCCCCGGAGGAGAAAGGACCAGCCUUGUGGACUCCCUGUGCCCAUGGAGCCUGAGGUGUGCAGAUGGGGAUUAGCGACACACAGCCCUGCUCGGCUCUGGAGAAGAUGUGCCCGUCAGCCAGUGGACGCAACUCCUGACCAUCACCAUACAUGGCACUGCUUCACACUCAUUUGCAAAGGUGUCUCUAAUGGCCUCUGGAAAUCUACAGCUCUCUGACAGGAACAUGGUGCCUUGUGCAAGUCCCCUGUUGUGCGUGUCAGCUCUUACUUGGUUUAACCUUUUAUUUUACCUUAACGCUUUAACCAGUUAACUAGUACAGAAUUUCCACACAUGACAGCCUGUCUGACCUAGAAUAGCUGAUGUGAUUGAGGCUGAGAAAGAUAGUAAUGAAGAACUUGGAGAUUAAGCCUUUCCAUUCAACUAAUUUAUCAUGCUCUUGUGGUUUUUAGAAAGUUUCCCACCUUGAGGCAUCAGCACCUCAUCACCCGUGUGGGUGUUGGGCCCCGGGAUGGUCGGGGCGCUCAGCACACAUAACCGUGCCCCAGGGUAGCUGUGCAGUGUUGGGGUCUCCAUGUGACUCCCAGCUCCUCUGGAACCAGCAGGCUGGUGUCUGCUCCUGGGCCUGCGGCGGGACGUCCUGAGGGGCUUCCAGAAAGGCACUCCCCUGGCUUUGGAAGUGUCAGGCUUGCCUGGCACAUGCUGGGGUGGAGCAAGAUAGCCUCAGAGGGCUUGGCCUCUAGCCGCCUUGGCACCUGGCAGCUCGGAUAUUUGGUGCUCUGUGGGGGCAGGCAGGGCUAUGCCCUGGGGUCUCAGCUGUGUUGGACUCAUCCUUCUGAGGCCAGGUCCGUUAAUGGGUAGAACGUUCUCUUGGGGGAAUGCAGGCAUAGGAGUUGAAAGACAUGGGAACAAGAGUGGCCAGGUUAGCCGGGAGCAGAGGACGAGGUCCCAGAAAGGAUGGCUUCUAAAUUACUUGAAACUUUUUACUCAGCCAUUAAAGAGGAAACUUGACGAAAUAGGAAUAAGAUUAUGUAUUCUCAAAUGUAAACCUUUGUAAAGUAUCAGUUGGGUUCUAAAGGGUUUUUAUUUCGAUUAUUUGAGAAAGAUAUAUAUUCUAGAUGCUUAAUUAAAAUAUUUAUGAAUUACCUUAUACUAUUUUAGUAGCCUGGUGUUGAGCCAUAGGAAGUAUAUGUGUGUAUUUUGGGUUGCCCGUGCACCCCGAGGAUGGCGGUUGUCUUUCUGGUGAGCAGUGCUUAGGGGCCCUGUCAGCUGUGCCCAACUCCCGUCUUCACCGUUGCCGCCUUGGCUGGGUGCCCUGGCCAUCUCCACGACGCGGUCACUGCCACAGCCCGGCGCCCCCUGCUCUGGAACACCACCUCCUCCCCCAGCCCCCCACCCCCAGCUUGUCCACAUCAUCUGGGAGAGACUCUCACCUGCAUGUAGGCCGGAGGUGUUUGCCAGGGUGGCCGUGGCCUGCUGCAAGUGCCCUCCUCAGUGUGGUGUGGCCUUUUACUGUCCUUGGCUAUUUCUUGAAGCUGAAGCUCAUGUCCGGGGGUGGGCACCACAAACAGUGGACCUGGAAAUCAGAGUUCUGUGCAAUAAGGUUUCUGAGGCGGUUGUGUCUUGACCACCUAUGUUGUGUGGCUGCACUUACGGCCUUUCCGCAGUUCAGGAGGAGAAGCCUGUGGUGUGGACGCCUGCAUGGAAAGGAAGCCAAUUCCUAGCACAUGCUUCAUCCUUCACCUCACCUGAGCACCCAUGUCGUCAGUUGGGAUUCCGGAAAUUGGCAUGUGGCUUCUGGAGCCCUUUUGGAAUAUUGAAAUCUAGACUUUUUUUUUUUAAAUGAAGGGCACUUUGUAAUUUUUGAGAAUAAGCUGCAGGCAGUGGUUCUCCCAGUGGGGCCCUGGGCUGGCAGGGCAGGAACCCAUGGAUGUCCUGAGACCAGCUCUGUCUCUGGGACAUCCUGUGGUCCCAGGGCUGGCUCCACCUGAGAACCACUUCCUCCCUGGCUGUGUAUAAACAUCUUUCUUUUUUCUUUCUUUUCUUUUUUUUAGAAAUAGUGUUUUUAUUAAAAUGCCAAAUUAAUAUUCCUAUAAUAGCUCCUGAACCAUGUGAUGCCUCAGAAGUCAAGGUGGUAACUGUCAGAAUUGCUGGAGCGUCUGCCAUUGCUUUGAGGUCUGCUUCUACCUUUGCAGCAGAAGGGUGGACCGUGGACUGUGGGUGUGGGGGUGUCACUGUGAGGCCAGCUUCCACAUGGACAUGGGCCUUCCAGAGCUCAAGCCCUGGCCUCAGGUGCCCCCUGGCUCUGUGACAUGGGCCCUUACGUCCCGUCAGACUGUGCAUCUAGACCCAUCUCUGUGCCAGUGGCUGGAUGCUUAGUUCAGUGUAUGAAGGCUGAAUAAAGCACUGUCUCGAUGACCUGU